CGAAAACAACAAACCUUAAAAUGUUGAAGCUUCGGCAUGUUUUAAAUAAAAGCCGCUCUCUAAGGCGACAUAUAUCGGCAUUAUAUAUUACGGGAGAUAAGGCAAAUGAAAACUAUGUGACUCUGCAGCCAUAUCUGGACUUUGCCGGGACGUUUCGUGACCAGCCGGCUUUGGAGCAGAGUAUACAGAGUAGAGGAUUGAAUAUUAAUUUGGAAACAUUGCUUCGCAAGUUUCAACUUUAUCAGACACAUCACGAGCAACUACAGCGGCUCGACCAGGAGCGUGAUGCGCUUACCAAGCAACUGAAAUCAUUGACAAAAUCCGGCGCAGCUGCAACAGAGCUGGAAGCGCUAAAAGAGCGCGGUAAAGCGUUGCGCAAUGAUGUGAAGACACUCAAGCAGAAGCUCUACCCGAUUGAGGAUGACUUUAUACAUGACUUUUUGCAUUUGCCAAAUGCCUUGCAUGCAGACUGUCCUGUUGGGCAGCAGGAACAGCUUAUCUAUCGCCGUACAUUGCCCAACGCUGAGAAAGAGGCGUCUUCGCACUUGGAGUGUACUGAGAUGGUGCAAUUUAUGGACAACAAUCGGUACUACAUGAUGAAGCAAGCAGCGCACUUUGAUAUACAAGCUAUGCAAGCGCUGGCAGCUUAUUUUGUUAACCAGGGUGACUUUGUGCAGACCUCCAAUCCGGACUUUGUGCGUUGUGUGCUGCUGGAAGCUAAUGCCACACCCAUGGAUCACUAUCAGCUAGUAUGCGAGGAGCAGCUGCAGAAUAAACUAAAUACUGCGUAUCUCACAGGCGGCGCUGCCUUUGAAAGUUAUCUGGGCGCCAUGACCAAGCUAUGCGUUUAUCCUUCCGUGCUGCCGCUACGCUACGUCUGUUGCGGUCGCAGCUACAAUCGUGCGGAAGCUGAGCUCAACGGACCCACUCCCAGUCUCUACACAGCCACACAAACGAAUGCAGUGCAGAGUUUUGUGGCCACACUUAAGCCUGAGGAAGCGGAUGAAGAACUGCAGCUGAUCCUACAUUUAGCCACAGACUUCUACAAAGCAUUGGAUGUGCCCUUCCGCAUUGUUUACGCGCCUGCGCACAGUCUUACGCCUGCUGAAAGCUUACGUGCCAGCAUCGAGGUCUAUGCGCCUUCACUCCAGCGUUAUGUCUGCGUGGGACGCAUUAGCAACUAUAGCGACUUUGUAUCCAAGCGUAUUCUCUUCAGCGCCAGACGCGAUAAGCAUUACGACUUUCUGCACUUGGUAGGCGGACCUGUACUAUAUACUACUCGACUUAUUGCAGCCUUAAUCGAACAUAAUGUGCCGCUGGACAAAUGCAAAUUAUUGGGCUUGCCACAGGCGCCGCAAUCUAGUCAAAGCCAACUGGCGCAGGAUAUACAAGAGUUUAAGGAUUUGUUUAAAUAAAAUGCGUGAC